GAAAUAUCAGCGACGCCUAGUCGAUGUUCUUGAGCGGCGCAAGUGCAUCGUGAUCAUCUCUCUUUCAAAAAAGUCAAGAUGUCGAAGAGAGGACGUGGUGGGUCAGCUGGAGCCAAAUUCAGGAUAUCCCUUGGUCUCCCGGUGGGUGCGGUGAUUAAUUGCGCAGAUAAUACUGGUGCCAAAAACUUGUAUGUCAUCGCAGUGCAAGGAAUCAAGGGCAGGCUGAAUCGCUUGCCAGCUGCUGGUUCCGGUGAUAUGAUCGUAGCCACUGUGAAGAAGGGAAAGCCUGAGCUCAGGAAAAAGGUGAUGCCUGCAGUGGUAAUACGACAACGGAAACCAUUCCGUAGGAAGGAUGGGGUGUUUAUAUACUUCGAAGACAAUGCCGGUGUAAUAGUCAACAACAAAGGUGAAAUGAAAGGAUCGGCUAUUACGGGACCUGUCGCGAAAGAAUGUGCAGAUUUGUGGCCAAGGAUUGCGUCCAACGCCAGCAGCAUAGCAUAAUCCAUCCUGUAUAAUUUGUCCUUUAUAAAAUAAAUCUGGACGUUUGUUCAGUGUACGUCUUUA